GAGUGGCGUCAGCCUGUCUUACUGUAAACGUCAGGUUACACGCACGUCGCAGCCCCUGAAAGUUGUAAACAAACAAUUCUACGUUGGAAUUUGAAUCAAGAAAACCAAGAUGUAUAUCAACAGAAUGUCCAUCGUCAAAUUCCUUGAGCUGGCGCUGACAUGCACCUGCGUGGGGCUCCACUACCAGAGCUACAACGUCGAACCCGAAAUCGGUAUGCUGGUCACCGGCACCUUCGUCGGCUUCCUCAUCAUCUUAUCUGGGGUUGCCUCAGGUUACUUGAUGCAGUCGCCCACCCACAAAAGGUUGGACAUGUUCUAUUCGCUGGUCGGCGUGUGCCUGUUCCUCGCGAGCGGUGGCGUCGUCAUCGACAAAUACCAAGAUCAAUCUAAAUCGGAGAUCGGAAAAUACAACCUAGCCAAGGGUUCCUUGGCCAUCAUCAACGCGGCGGUCCUGCUCAUUGACUCCGUGUUGACGCAACGUGGUGAAUAAGGAGUCAAUAUACCCUCCGGGUUCGAACCUCUUCAGAACCAAAGCAUAAAGUUUUUUUACUAUUAAGCUGUAAUUAUGCUUUAGAAUGUAGCGUAUAGUUCUUGCAACUCACGAAGGCGAGUGAGCUUUGGUGUGUAUACCAGAGGGCCUAGUGUGAGUUUACAUCAAACGCGCUCACUAGUGAGCGCGUCAAAAAAUGACAUUAAAUGUAUGACAGAUUGUACAGCGCCCCUAGCGGGAAACGUUCAACAACUAAAAUUUUCAUACAUUUUUUAACUAGCACGAGACUGUGUCUAUCAAAACUUUUGAAAAACGAACAGAAGCGAGCUACCACAAUGUAAAACUCACUCGCCUUCGUGAAUUGCAACAACUAUAAUUAGAAUUUCUCUAUGGCUGAUGAGGAAGGUGGAGACGUACACACGCCUGUGACGUGUAUUGAAGUUGCAUUCCCUAAGACCAGUUUCACUAAUGUCUGAUUAAGUUUGGGGUAUUCAACGCUAUGGUAAAGCUGUACACACACUGACAAACAGACUGAUGAGUUGAACUGACGGACAUCCAAAAAGUGACCAUGUGUGUGUGAAAUCUUAAGAAAAGAAAUCAAUUGUAAACUGUCAGUGUUUUGGAAGUAAGUAUGUCAGUUCAACUGAUCAUUUUACAUGACCGUGAAAGUCCAGCUUAAGGGUGACUUGAUCCCUACUUUAGCAUAACCAAAAUUGUCGUUUAACUAUCAGAUAAGUUCCCAGGCUAUCAGGGGCGGUGAAACAGGUUCAUAGUAUUUUAUCCCUAUCCUAUCCUUUUAUACUUUACCUACCUAAAAUACUAUACAUUGCCUGAAAGCUUGUGAAGCUGUUA